AUGGGAGUGCACGAUCUCGUCACACCAGCUCCAGGAGUACCAUACUUCAUUCCAAAAGUCCCAGUUAUCUCUGGCAAGGCGAUAGUUUCUCAAUCCUAUGAAAAGACAGUCCAAACUCUACCAAAGGCUUUCCAACCAUUGAAGGUCAAGGGGUUAAAAUUUCAAAAUAGAAUUGGAGUAUCACCAAUGUGUAUGUAUUCUGCCAAUAAAAAUUUUGAAGUGACUCCAUUUCAUCUCGUACAUUAUGGCCUGUUACUUCUCAGAGGUCCAGCAAUCACUUUUGUUGAAUCCACCUCUGUUUCUCCCGAAGGUGGACUUUCUCCUCAAGAUUUAGCCAUUUUUAACGAUGAACAAGCAUUGAAAUUGAAAGAUAUUGUUGAUUUUGCCCAUACCCAGAAUCAAAAUAUUGCUAUUCAAAUUGGCCAUGGCGGCCGUAAAUCUAGUGGUCUUGCAGGAUAUGUUCAUUUGGAAUACAUUGCUGAAAAGGAAGACGGUGGAUGGCCUGAUAAAGUUGUUGCACCAUCUCCAAUUCAAUAUAGAGAUGGUGGAUCACUUGUUGUUCCAAAGGAAUUAUCUGUUGCUGAAAUUGAAAGAAUCAUUGCUGAUUUUGGAUCUGCAGCUAAAAGAGCUGUUGAAAUUUCUGGAUUCGAUGCUAUUGAAAUUCACGGUGCCCAUGGAUACUUGAUUAAUGAAUUUCUUUCCGAAAUUUCUAACAAAAGAACUGAUAAAUAUGGUGGAUCCUUUGAGAAUAGAAUUAGAUUUUUACUUGAAGUUAUUGGCUCCGUGAAAUCAAAUGUCCCUUCUGAAUUCCCAGUCUUUUUAAGAAUUUCUGCAUCUGAAAAUACCAUUGAUGAUCCAUUGGCUUGGACCAUUGAGGAUUCUAUCAAGUUGGCAGAUGUUGUCGUUGAAAAGGGAAUUGAUCUUAUUGAUGUCUCUUCAGGUGGAAACAACUCCAACCAAAAUGCAAGAGGUCCCAAGGAGGCAUUACAUGCUGAGUUAGCUAGGGCAAUUAAGAAGCUGAUCGGUGACCGUGCUUUAGUUGCGUGUGUUGGGAAAUUAAACAGAUCAGAACUAGUCAAUCAACUACUCGAAGAAGGUGCAUUUGACCUCGCCUUAAUUGGUACCCAAUUUUUGGAAAACCCCGGUGUGGUUCAUAAAUUUGCAACUGAAUUAGGGGUUGAAAUUGAUGGAGCUCGUCAAUACGCUUGGGCAUCAAAUCCUGAUUAUCCCCAAAUAUUGAAAGCCAUUGAUGAUGCAAAAUCCAUGGUAGAAGAAAAAAGAAAGAAUUUGUAA